GAGGGUGGGAGAGAGGGGGAAAAAAAGACAGAAAGAGAGAGACAGUCGAGCGCGAACUCGUGGUGUGCGGCGGAGGUGCCACCAGCCGGAGUAACAGCGGAGAGUCGGAGGUGGCCCGUGCCUGUGUAGUGGCUACCCGUGACCGCCCGUGGCCGCUCUCUCGCGAGUUUGUAACUCGCCUCGCCGUUGUUGUAACGUGACGCGCGAGAAGAGGCGCGCGUGUGCGACACGGACGCGUUCGCUCGCGUUCAUCCGUACGGAGUUCGUUCGCCCGUCCGUAUUUUACCUUCGUCGUAAGCUGCGUCCACCGGGAGCAACGGCGCGAGGUGCUCUGCUCUUUCUCGUCUCGCUCCUCUCCUCCUUUUCUCUCUCUCUCUCUCUCUCUCUCUCUUUCUUUCGUUCUCCGUUUCGCGUUCCUUCUCUCUCUCUCUCUCUCUUUCUCUUUCCUCUCUCUUUUUCCCGUACACGCGAGUGCGAUCGGUACAGUGCGACCAGUGCGACGUGAUACGUUCUCGCUUGCGGAUCGCCCUUCGCUGUGCUCGCGCGACAGAAUAGGUGCCGCGCGUACGUCAUCGUGAAAAGGACUGUCAAGAGUGCGUUGUUAACUUCCUUUUGAGUUGGCUGUCUCGCGGUAACAACGCGGACACGUUCAUCAGCACCGUCAGCACGGCGAGAUCUCGAGCGAAGAGAGAGAGAGAGACGGAUAGAUAAAAAGAGAGAAAAAAAAGUGCCUCGGCUUGGACUGGACGACAAGCGAUACGGAGGGAGCGUGAAAUCGGCAUCGAUAGUGUACACUCAGACGUAGCUCCCGAUAAUUCGCAGAGACGACAAUAAGGGGGCCCUGCCGUAAGGAUGCUGUACGCUUUCGCGAAGAUCGAGAGGCCACGAGUCGUAUCGCGAGCUUGCAGCAGCGUAACCAGCUGAGAAUGUCGGAGCAAAACGGGCCCAGCGAGGGCCCAGGGCCAGGGCCCGGUUCAGAUUCGACCUGGUGGCCAAGCACGCAGUCUUGGAAAUCGUCGGCGACCGCCUCACUGUCAACCUCGUCGACUCCCACUUCGGCGACGGGUUCAGCGUCCGUCUCUGUCUCCUGCUCCGCGUCCAGCUCGUCCUCUACGAGCUCCUCCACCUCGACCAACUCGUCCGCGACUUGUUGCCCAUCGUCUUGCAUCGGCGUGUCCUGCACGAUGAGCCCAAGUCGUUCCACAGAAACGGGGAAAAACGUGUCCGUCACCACUAUUAACGUACCGCCCAAUCAAGAAAUGCAUGACGGAAAAGGGCUAUGUAAAUAUCUCGGGGGACAGAACGGCGUGACGGUGUCGGUGGUAUCGACCUCGGUACUGGGAUGCGGAAACGCGAAUGCCGUUCCGACAAGUGGAAUCUGCACGAAUACGGGGCCGCAUAGUAUCGGCAUCGGAAUCGGCGGCAUUCUCGCUGCGAAUGCGGCCGACAUCGAUGAUCCCGAGGAUAGCGACGGCGAGAUUAGCAAGAUCGACUUUAGGGGUGUCAAUCUACGUUCGAAGAAAAAACGCGAUAUAUCGGCUAAUCAGAAUGGCGACAAGAUCGGCGACGGAGAUGCAAAUGGCGACGGUGGAGGAUGCUGCGAUGACAAUUCGCAACAGCAGCCCGAGAGGCCUAUGUCGUGGGAGGGUGAACUGUCGGACCAAGAAAUGUCUUCCAAUACAAUUACUAAUCAGGACCACAACGAGGAAACGUCUAUGGAAGGAGUUCAAGUAUGUAGUACGAGUCCUGGGCCCAUGGAACAAAAGUUUCCUAUUAAAUCGGAACCGGAUUUUCGAUCUAGCCCAGGUUUUACAUUAGGAUCCUUUCACGACGGUGGCUUACCCAUAACGCACAAUCAACAAUUGCAGCAACAGCAACAACAACAACGUGGUAUCGAAAACCUCGAACAGACUCAACAGAGCGAUCUACCACUUCUCGUAGGCAAACUUCUCGGUGGAUACAAUAACUCAACGCCCAAUCACAGUCCUGUUCUCAAUCCGCGACAUCAUCUAACUAAACACAGUCAUACUAGAUCACAGGUGCCGUCACCAGAUUCCGCCAUUCAUUCUGCGUAUAGCGUCUUUAGUUCACCAACACAAAGUCCUCACGCGGCACGACACUCCGCCCUAGGAGCGGGUAGUCCGAUACCCUCCUCAUCGUUGUCCCUCUCUCGACACAGCUUCAACAAUUCAACUUCCUCGUUAUCUCUGUCGCUGUCGCAUUCGCUUUCAAGGAACAACUCUGACGCUUCCAGUAGCUGUUACAGUUACGGCUCGCUUAGCCCGCCUACGCAUUCACCCGUCCAGCAGCCGAGACAUCCACAUUCGCAUUCACAACAUCAUCAGCAUCAAGUUGCGCAAGGUAGUCCGCUGCAUCUACCAGCUUCAUCUGCAAUUCCCGCACAUCAUUACUCGUCCUCUUCCGUACCAGGCUCGGAAUUGUCGCCGGACGGUCAUCCCGUUGCGGAGGAUCAGGAAGACUGUAGGAUACCCUCAGCGCCGUCGGGUAUCUCUACCAGGCAACAACUGAUAAACAGUCCUUGCCCGAUUUGCGGUGACAAGAUAAGUGGCUUCCAUUACGGCAUCUUUUCUUGUGAAUCGUGCAAGGGAUUCUUCAAGCGCACCGUCCAGAAUCGUAAGAACUAUGUGUGCCUUAGAGGAGCAGGUUGUCCGGUCACAGUGGCCACGAGGAAGAAGUGCCCAGCCUGUCGCUUCGAGAAGUGUCUCAAUAUGGGUAUGAAACUCGAGGCGAUCAGAGAGGAUCGUACAAGAGGUGGUAGAAGCACUUAUCAGUGUACCUAUACUCUGCCAGCAAAUCUCGUUGGUAGUCCUGCUGGUGGUAUGACUAGUGAAAAAUUAACGACGGCGGGCAAUUGCAGCCCAGCACCGGUUGGUAGCGAGCAUCAUUAUUCCAUUAGGUAUCAUUCAAAUCAUUCUCAUAAGAUGCAAGUACCUCAACUUUUGCAAGACAUCAUGGAUGUGGAACAUCUUUGGCAUUACAACGACAAUGAUCGGAUGGGCGGCAGUGGAGGAAUACUUGGAAGUGUAAGGAAUACCGGUGGUGACAGUAUGCUCGGUGGACUCGGAAGUGGUCCGGUGCCUAGCGGAACUGGAACCGCGAUUGGCAUUGGUACAGGAAACAAUGGAGGUGCUGUGGAAUGUUCGUCGAAUGAUUCUAACAAUGUCGACACUAAUAACAGAAGGGGAGAGACGUCGAGUCCCGCCAAUUCGACUUUAACGGGGGCGUCCGAUCAACAUUCCACAAAUGGCAAUACUACCAAUAAUAGUAAUUCUCAAAUUGCCAGUAAUUCCAACGGCAAUUCAGCGCAGCAUCCGGACUUUUUAUCUAAUCUGUGCAACAUCGCGGAUCAUCGGCUUUAUAAGAUUGUCAAGUGGUGCAAGAGUUUGCCAUUAUUUAAAAAUAUCUCGAUCGACGAUCAAAUCUGUUUGUUGAUUAACUCUUGGUGUGAACUACUACUUUUCUCCUGCUGUUUUCGAAGCAUGAGCACUCCCGGUGAGAUAAGAGUGUCUCUUGGCAAGUCGAUUACUCUAGAACAAGCAAAACAGCUUGGUUUAGCGACUUGCAUCGAGAGGAUGCUUGCUUUUACCGACAAUCUGCGAAGGCUGAGAGUAGACCAAUACGAAUAUGUUGCAAUGAAGGUGAUCGUGCUGUUAACGUCCGAUACAAGUGAAUUAAAAGAACCUGAGAAGGUCAGAGCUUCUCAGGAAAAGGCCCUUCAAGCACUGCAGGAAUACACAAUCGCGAGGUACCCAGAAAUACCCGCCAAAUUUGGUGAAUUAUUAUUGAGAAUUCCAGAUCUUCAAAGAACAUGUCAGGCAGGAAAAGAAUUACUCAGUGCGAAACGCGCCGAAGGAGAAGGCAGCUCGUUUAACCUUUUAAUGGAAUUGUUGAGAGGAGAUCACUGAAUUGUCAGCACAGUGAAUUAUGCCAUUCCACGCUUAUAGGGUCCAUAAGCUUAGGGAAUCGGAUAUAAUAAAUAAUCGCAGAGCAAAAAAGAUUAGGAAAAAAAGGAAACGACAGAUGUGUAAAAUCUAUAGCGACAUUAGUACUUGGUGAGGGGAUUGCAUUCUUCGUAAUUAGGACGCAUUAAUCUAACAAAAGAUGAAAAGAAUUUCUUCUAUUUUACACUGGAAUGCUUCCAUACAGGUUGUGCAUGAUCGCAUUCCUGUUUUGAAACAAACGAAUUUUGAAGCGGCCUACAGUGUAUGUUGGAUCCGUAUGUUCCGCAUACAGGUAGAUGCUAAUGAGACUGAAAGUUUAAUGGAGACAUGCAGAGCAUUUACUUUUACAAUGAUAAGCGUUGUAUAAAUACGGAGAUGGUAUCAAAUAGCAUUAAAAUGCUAAAUUCUAUUAAGUCAGGGUCUCACGGUGCGUUGCUUGUCAAGGCUCGUCAUGGCUCGGCAAGCCUCUAUGCGCCGCGGCGCCGUAGAAUCGCGGUUUUAGCCUGUUUUUUUACCAUUUUAAGAGCCGAAUUUGUAACGAGCCUAGGCGAGCCACGCGCCAUGGAACCUGACUUUGGAUGGAUGUAAUCUAUUCGAGCGCGAGCUUUAUAGUGACGAACGUGGAUCUAUAAACAAAGUUGACCUUUAAUUAACGAUUAUAAUA